AUUAGGGGCCCUCUGGCAUGGCGAAAAUACGAUGAACAUUCAACAGUGAGAAUUAAGUACGUACUGUACACGCGAAUCCAUUCAAUCUCUUCGGCAUCCCACGAUAGCGAAAUCUCAUGCCUUUCACUCUUCUUCUUCACGCCUUUUCCUUUCUCUGAUUCUGAAUCUUCACUCUGUUUCCCCUGAUUCAUCUCUUUCGCCCUGUACCUGUAGUAAUGAAGCACAAGACCCACUCCCUUUCCCCCACUCGCCGACUUAAGCUCCUUCUACUCUGCCUCAUCCUUCUUCUCGCCCUCCUCUGUCUCUAUUAUGGAUCCUCUCUCGCACCCAGUUCGCGUAGAUCUGAUGCCGAGGAUUCCUUCGGCUCUGAUCCGGUUCUUGGUGCGGUCGGUGUCAGUCGCGAUGUGGGUCACUUGCAUGAACUUCCGGAGCUGAAUCUCGACGUCCCUGGGAGCAUUCCUAUCUGUGAUGAACGGUAUUCAGAGUUGAUACCUUGUUUGGAUAGAAACCUUAUUUACCAAUUGAAAUUGAAGCUCAAUUUGAGUUUGAUGGAGCACUAUGAGCGGCAUUGCCCCCCUCCUGAACGCCGCUAUAAUUGUCUCAUUCCUCCUCCUACUGGUUACAAGAUCCCAAUAAGAUGGCCAGCGAGUAGGGAUGAAGUGUGGAAGGCAAACAUACCGCAUACACACCUUGCACAAGAAAAAUCAGACCAGAACUGGAUGGUUGUGAAUGGGGAUAAGAUCAAUUUUCCUGGAGGUGGCACUCAUUUUCACUAUGGAGCUGAUAAGUAUAUCAUUGCACUUGCGAAGAUGCUUAAGUUCCCUGGUGAUAAGCUCCACAAUGGUGGAAAUUUACGGAAUGUCCUAGAUGUGGGCUGUGGGGUUGCAAGUUUUGGAGCAUAUCUUCUUUCACACGAUAUUAUUGCUAUGUCUCUGGCUCCUAAUGAUGUGCACGAGAAUCAAAUACAAUUUGCACUUGAGAGGGGUAUUCCAUCAGCUCUUGGUGUUCUGGGAACAAAAAGACUCCCCUAUCCUAGUAGAUCAUUUGAGUUGGUUCAUUGUUCUCGAUGUCGAAUUGAUUGGCUACAGAGAGAUGGAAUCCUCUUAUUAGAACUUGACAGGUUAUUGAGACCUGGAGGUUAUUUUGCUUACUCCUCCCCUGAAGCUUAUGCACAUGAUCCAGAAAAUAGAAGGAUCGGAAUUGCUAUGAAUGACCUCCUGAGGAGGAUGUGCUGGAAAGUUGUUGCUAAAAAGGAUCAAACUGUUGUAUGGGCUAAGCCAGUGUCUAACAGCUGUUAUUUGAAAAGGGCUCCUGGGACUCUUCCACCUUUGUGUGAUUUGGAAGAUAAUCCAGAUUUGAGUUGGAACGUGUCAAUGAAAGCAUGCAUUUCCCGAUACUCUAAAAAAAUGCACAGGCUAAAAGGAAGUGGACUAAUUCCUUGGCCACGUAGACUUACUUCAGCUCCUCCCCGUCUUGAAGAAGUUGGUGUCAGUGCAGAAGAAUUCAAAGACGACAGUAAUGUUUGGCAACUUAGAGUGGCAGAAUAUUGGAAAGAAAUGAGAGUUCUUUUACAGAGGAACUCCAUCAGAAAUGUAAUGGAUAUGAAUUCCAAUCUUGGGGGGUUUGCUGCUGCACUAGUUAAUGAAGCUGUCUGGGUGAUGAAUGUUGCUCCUGUCAAUUCAUCUGCAAAAUUAAAGAUUGUUUAUGAUAGAGGCUUGUUGGGAACUGUUCAUGAUUGGUGUGAAGCAUUUUCCACAUAUCCUCGCACCUAUGAUCUUCUUCAUGCAUGGGCUGUAUUUUCGGAAAUUAGUGCUCGUGGCUGCAGUAUGGAGGAUCUAAUAAUCGAAAUGGAUCGGAUUCUAAGGCCAGAUGGAUUUAUCAUUAUACGAGAUGUUCCUUCUGUCAUAAACUAUAUACGGAAGUAUGUUACAGCCUUAAGAUGGGAUGAAUGGUUAUCAGAAGUGGAACCUAGGAUUGAUGCUCUUUCCGAAGUAGAAGAAAGAGUUCUAAUUGCAAGAAAGAAGCUGUGGGGGAAGGAAUUAGCAACAGUUUGAUUUUGCUGCACUUUUCAGGAAAACCAAGUAUUACAUAAUUUAUUAGCCCUCAGCUCCGAGUUGAAAAUGAAGAUUGGAGAGCAGCUUGGAUCCACAGAUAUAUUUGCGGUGGCCAUUUUCCCAAUGACUUCCCCAGUAAUUGUUGCUGAAGAUGAAGAAGAAGAUGAAUAUGGAAUGAUACAAGUAAGUACACCACGAAAAUAGUCAUUUUGCAGAAUGCACCAGAUGGAGGCAAUACAAUGACAAUACUCAUUAAAAA